AUGAAUCCCUUUUCGUCUGGGACGCGUUUGAGGGACAUGAUUAGGGCAAUACGAGCCUGCAAAACUGCUGCAGAAGAGCGUGCUGUUAUUAGAAAAGAAUGUGCUUCUAUUCGUGCAUCCGUUAGUGAUAAUGACAAUGAUUACAGACACCGUAACUUGGCAAAGCUCAUGUUCAUUCACAUGUUAGGAUACCCCACACAUUUUGGCCAAAUGGAAUGCUUGAAACUUAUAGCAGCUCCUGGAUUCCCUGAAAAGAGAAUAGGAUAUCUGGGACUUAUGUUGCUUCUUGAUGAAAGACAAGAAGUUUUGAUGCUUGUCACCAAUUCACUAAAGCAAGAUCUUAACCACACCAAUCAGUACAUUGUGGAACUAGCUCUUUGUGCUUUGGGUAAUAUAUGUUCUGCAGAAAUGGCUCGUGAUCUUGCACCUGAAGUUGAAAGAUUGCUGCAAUUUCGAGAUCCAAAUAUUCGUAAGAAAGCAGCAUUGUGCUCAAUAAGGAUUGUAAAGAAGGUCCCGGACCUUGCAGAAAAUUUUGUCAACCCUGUUGUUUCCUUACUUAAAGAAAAGCAUCAUGGGGUUCUUUUAACAGCAAUCCAACUCUGUACAGAUCUUUGUAACCUUAAUGAAGAGGCUCUUGAAUUUUUCAGGGAGAAAUGCACAGAGGUGUUGGUGAAAGUUUUGAAGGAUGUUGUGAACAGCCCAUAUGCUCCCGAAUAUGACGUUUCAGGUAUUGCAGACCCUUUUCUUCAUAUAAGACUGCUUCGCCUUUUGCGUGUUUUGGGCCAUGGAGAUGCUGAUGCUAGUGAUUCCAUGAAUGAUAUUCUUGCCCAGGUGGCAACAAAAACCGAGUCAAACAAGAAUGCAGGGAAUGCAAUACUUUAUGAAUGUGUAGAAACCAUUAUGAGCAUUGAAGAUAGUAGUGGUUUACGUGUUCUUGCAAUCAAUAUUUUGGGAAGAUUCUUGUCUAAUCGUGACAAUAAUAUCAGAUAUGUUGCAUUGAACAUGCUGAUGAAAGCAAUUUCAGUAGAUGAUCAAGCAGUUCAGAGACAUCGUGCAACAAUCUUGGAAUGUGUAAAGGAUUCAGAUGCUUCAAUUCGUAAAAGAGCUCUUGAACUUGUAUACCUUUUGGUGAAUGAGACCAAUGUAAAACCUUUGACCAAGGAGUUAAUUGAUUAUCUACAUGUAAGUGACCAGGACUUCAAGGGAGAUCUUACUGAAAAAAUUUGCUCCAUUGUAGAAAAGAUUUCCCCUGACAAGAUUUGGUACAUUGAUCAGAUGCUCAUGGUUCUUUCUGAGGCUGGAAACCAUGUAAAAGAUGAAGUAUGGCAUGCUCUUAUUGUUGUAAUAACCAAUGCUUCUAAUCUCCAUGGAUAUACAGUACGCUCCCUCUACAAGGCAGUCCAAACAUCACUUGACCGGGAAACACUUGUUCGGGUGGCUGUAUGGUGCAUAGGGGAAUAUGGUGACAUGUUGGUAAACGGUAUUGGAACGCUUGAUCUUGAGGAACCUAUAACUGUAACUGAAAAUGAUGCUGUUGAUGUUGUUGAACUUGCAAUCAAACACCAUGCAUCAGAUCUUACUACCAGAGCUAUGUGUUUGAUUGCUUUGUUGAAACUGUCAUCCCGUUUCCCUGUUUGCUCACAGAGAAUAAAGGAUAUGGUUGUUCAAUCUAAAGGAAGCCUUCUGCUUGAACUGCAACAAAGAUCCAUAGAAUUUGAUUCUAUAAUCGAAAAGCAUCAGAAUAUAUGGUCUGCACUGGUUGAAAGGAUGCCAGUUCUUGAUGAAGCAAGUUUCAGUGGAAGGAGAAAUGGUUCUACUUCUAUUCCUUCAACUUCAAUGGGAAGUAGUAGUCUUCCUAAUGGAGUUGUUAAAACAAAUGCUGCUCCUUUAGUGGACUUGCUUGAUUUAGGAGGAGGAGAAGAACCUCCUCCACCAAAUACAAAUAGCAUGAUGACAGGUGGCAACUUUCUUCAAGAUCUUCUUGAUGUUGGCAUGUCCCCUUCUUCAUCACAACCAAAUGCAAACCAAGCUCAAAAAAGUGGCACAGAUGUUCUGCUGGAUCUACUAUCAAUCGGAUCACCUCCUCAUCAAAAUGGUUCAUCUACGCCACAUCAUGAUGAUAUAUUAUCAAUAAAUCAAGAUAAUAAUAAAAAUAAAACUUCAGUUACUCCAUUAGGCAGCCUUUCAUCACCUUCACCUAUGGUGGAUUUAUUAGACGGAUUUGGUCCUACCCCUCCACCACCUAAAAACGAUGCUCCUGCUUAUCCACCAUUAGUUGCUUUUGAGAGCAGCUCUUUAAGGUUAAUGUUCAACUUUACUAAACAACCUGGGAAUCCACAAACAACCGAGAUUGAAGCAAACUUCACAAACAAGUCUUCCAAUGUCUAUUCAGAUUUUGUUUUCCAAGCAGCAGUACCAAAGUUUCUUCAGAUGCAUUUGGAACCUGCUAGCAGUAACUCUCUUCCUGGAAGUGGUAAUGACUCAAUAACACAAAAAUUACGAGUUACCAACACUCAACAUGGCAAGAAAGCAAUCAUUAUGCGCAUAAGAAUAAGUUACAAGUUGAACAACAAAGACAUGUUGGAAGAAGGACAAAUCAGCAACAUCCCUCGUGAGAUAUGAUAACAUUUUUUACUCUGGUAAAAACCAUCUUCUCUCACUAUCUCUAGUGUUUUAUCAAAAGUUUUUGGUUUGAUGAUAAUAUAUUUAUCAUAUUUUUAGCAAACGAGAUUCUUAGUAAAAGGAUUCAAAGCUUGUUGGA